AUGAUAAACACAAAAACGAAGUACUCCUAGCUGCUAAUGAUCGGUCUCGAUUAUUCAGGAAAGACUACUCUUAUCAAAAGAUUCAAGACCAUCCCUGAGAAUUCAGCUGAAUUUUUCCACACUACACCCUAUAUCAACAUAGAAAAGAUUACUUUACCCUUCUCGAGUAAAGCAUGUGUCGUUUAUGAUCUAUCUGGUCAAGGUAGGUACAGAGAAAACUGGUCAUUCUUUUACCCAGAUGUAGAUGGUAUUUUCUUCGUUGUGGAUUCCGCUGAUAGAGAUAGACUGUCCAUUGUUUAGGAAGUAUUGAUGCAUAUUGCCAAGCAUCCAUCUCUGAAUUAAAGAGAGAUCCCUUUCAUUAUACUAGCAAAUAAGCAAGAUCAACCAGAUUCAGUUGAUGAACUGAUGCUAAGAAAGAUAUUGCAAGUAGACACUCUUAAAACAAUGAACUCAAUGAGAUACUUUGUGAAGAAUGUGAUCGGGAUUACAGGACAAGGCAUUAGUGAAUGCUUUCAAAUGUUUGAAGGUAGGACUUGA